GCAGUCUGUGUUAUCUGUGGCGGUGCAGUGUUUUGGUAAAUUCUCCAAGACAUGGACAGCUCUCUUUUGUUUGUUAUUUGUUUUUGUUAACUAAAUCAGUGACAAUAUUUAAUGAAAUCAAGUGAAUUAAUUAACUAUCUUCUAGUUAAGACAUUUGGAGAAAAUCAUCCUUUUCAACUCACUGCCGCACAGCAAAAAUGUUUUGUUUUCGAAAGUGUUAUGAGUAAUGAAGAUGUUAUUAUCGAAGAAUAUUAUCAGUUUCCGCAGAUAAAUUGGUAGUUAUUGUUGAAACGUUAUGUAAGUAUUUCUGUUUCCAAUAUUGGAUGCAAGGCCACGCAACUGUUAUUACGAUAUUAGUUAUAACCUCUAAUUACGAUUCAAAGUACACAGGAGACAAAGUUCAACUUGAUUCAGUGAAAAUGACGGUGAAGUCGAAGAUAUUGAAGGCUCUUAUUUUGGGCGCUCCUGCGUCAGGAAAAGGGACGAUUUCAUCCCGAAUAGUGAAAAAAUAUCAUGUAGAGCACGUUUCAAGUGGCGACAAGUUGAGAGAUCACAUCCAAAAACAGACUGAUCUAGGAAAAGAGGUGAAGCAGUACCUGAAUGAAGGUAAACUAGUACCUGAUGAAGUAAUGAUUAAGUUUAUGAUCACAGAGUUAAAUAAGGUUCAAAAUAAGCCUUGGCUAUUAGACGGAUUUCCCAGGACAGUUGGCCAAGCUGAUGCCCUAUGGAAAGUUCAACCAGUAGACGUUGUGCUAAAUUUAGUUGUGCCAUUUGAAGUUAUUAUAGACAGAGUCAAGAGCAGGUGGGUUCAUCUACCUUCAGGGAGAGUGUACAACAUUGGGUUUAAUACUCCUAAGGUGGAGGGGAAGGAUGAUGUCACUGGAGAAGAUUUGGUACAAAGACCUGACGAUAAGCCAGAGGCUGUACAAAAACGCUUAGAGAUAUAUGAAAGUGUUACAAGACCUGUAAUAGAGUUCUACAAAAAGAAAGGAAUUCUGAAGGAGUUUGAAGGAAGAACAUCUGAUGAAAUAUGGCCUAAAGUUACUGCAUAUUUAGACCCCAUUCUUAGUAGCUAAAGCUUGAAUAGUAUUAGUAAUAGAUGGACAUGGUGCUAGGUUUUGUAAGUGUUUUGGGCAGAUUUUAAAAAAUGAAUUGUUACUUAGUUUAUGUACUUUUUAUGAUCCAUCGAUGUUUUUAUAUAGUUACAAGUAGUAACAAGGAGCACAAAUUUUUUUGAACAUUUAUUAAAAACAGUUCAGGUUUAUAUUAUUAUUUUAUAAUUCUAUCUGGUAAUAUUACUAAGUCGUUAUUUUGCAAGAUUUUUACAGUAAUUUGAGUGUUAUUUGCAUGAAACAAUCAGUGCCAUUGUUAUUGUUACUAUGCCAAAUUAAAAAAACUACACUUAAUUAUUUGAUAGUAAAUUAGAUAACUAUUAAAAUUAGACCAAAGUUUAAACAGUCAAAUUGUUUGUAUAAAAGUUAUUGUAUAAAUUAUGUAGUCUUCCAGUACUUAAAACAGUGAUAUAUUAGGCAUAAUAAGUAUGUAAUGUAGUGCCUUGAUUUAUUGUCACAUGAAAUUAUACAUAUCAAGUGUUAUAAUAGUUCCUUAACAGUUUUGUUUGCUCACACGCCACAACAGUUAUUUUAAGAAAAUGUUUUAUUAUGGUUAGAUUUUGCGUACAUAUUAUAUCGAAUAAAUGAUAAUACCUUGUUAA